AUGCGUUUCAAUAACAACCUCUUCUUGCUCGCCUCCUUCCUCGGCGGCGCAACCGCCAUGCGCCGAAGCUGCUACCUCGACGGGGACGCACCAACUAACAACGGCGUUUACAAACCUACCGACAUCGACACCAUACGAGCAAUCGCGGCUGACUUUUGCACCGACGACACAACCCUACUCAACCUGAACGACAAAAAACCCCCUUCAGCAGGAAGUGAUUACACAGUUCCUUGCACUCAACGGUAUCGCGAUUGCGCUCGGAUCCCGGACACCGAAAACGGGUACUACACGGUCGCCCAAGGGGACACUAUUAUGAACAUUGCGCGGGAUUUCUGCCUCGAUAGCGGCGAGAAAGUGAGGUCCAUGAACCCCGACAUGAAGAGCGACACCGUUGUCACCGGCUCGGUCCUCCUCGUUCCGUGCGCUUGGAAUUAG